AUGCCCGAGGCCUGGGUCCAACCUCGCCUGAUCGACUCCCAAGUCCAUGGAUAUGGCGCCUGUGCCUAUCAAGCCGGCCUCGCAACAUACACCUACAGCAUCUCAUUUGUCAAAACCCUUAGCCUACUCGGCCGUGUUGCCAUAUUGACCAGCCCAAUUCUGAUUCUGAAACGCCCAUCCUCGGCCGCCACCUCGACUUCGACCCCGCUCAUGAUCGUGAUCAUGAUCAGAGUCAUGACUGACGACUUUGAUCUCUCAGUUCUCAAGUUGACCUUGCUCGCCAUCACAAGUCAACUUGGUCAUGGCCCCACCUCGCUGCAGGAUUCGUGUAACAUCACGGCCGUAUUCAAGUUUGACCAGGGGUUCAAUCACCCGAUUGAGUAG